UACAGGACGUUAACUCCUAUGUGAAUGAGGAUGACGCUGCGCACAGUGCGCAGCAAAAGGAGGCUUAAAGAGACCACAGUGAAAUCAUAGCAACUUGAGGACAAGAGAAGCCAAACGGGGAAAGAAACCAACGAAGGAACAACCAUGACUUCGAAUGAGUUUCGAGGGAUGAUAUGUUAAGACACCAAACCCUUCUCAUACCUGUUCUGCUGCUUCUCAAACUCUGGAUUUCUCGCUGCCCCGGCCCUGCAACAUGGAGAUUUUCUACAGUGCCAAUGAUGGCUGACAAGAACCUUCAGAAGAUGCUCCCAAGUGGCCUUGUGGAUACAAUAGCUGUUUCUGGAUCUCUUUUUUUAUGACUACGAUUGGUCGUCUGCUGCUGGAUUUGUCCUAGUAAAAGACCUGCCUUCCCAUCAGGCAAGGACCUGCAACUCUGAGACUGGAGUGAAGAACCUCAAAACAACGAGCCCCCUCUUUUAGCAGACAGCUUACUUUAGCUACAGCGUGUCUCUGAGUGUGCUUGGUACAUUUUAAUCGUGACACCUUUCCUCUGUCUUGUGAGACCAGUUUCCCUCCCCCCUCCUUAAAACGUUCUCCUUUGUUGUUAUUGGAGUCUGUCUAUGAUUUGCAUGGCUGGAGACUAACCGUGGAGAGGCCAGGGUAUCACAAGCUUAUGGAUUUUGAUAAGAGAGGGGGCAAGGGAGAGACAGAGGAAGGGAAAAAGAUGUCCAAGACGACAGGCAGCAGGACUGGGGGCAGGAGUUCAGGGACCAACUCUGGAGUUCUAAUGGUUGGUCCAAACUUUCGUGUGGGGAAAAAAAUCGGCUGUGGAAACUUUGGAGAGCUGCGGCUGGGAAAAAACCUCUAUACUAAUGAAUAUGUGGCCAUCAAAUUGGAACCAAUAAAGUCCAGGGCACCACAGCUCCAUUUGGAAUAUAGGUUUUACAAACAGUUGGGAAAUUCAGAGGGAAUCCCUCAGGUGUACUACUUUGGUCCUUGUGGGAAGUACAACGCCAUGGUCCUGGAACUCCUUGGGCCAAGUCUAGAAGACCUGUUUGACCUUUGUGACCGCACCUUCUCCCUCAAGACCGUCCUCAUGAUAGCCAUACAGCUGAUAACACGGAUGGAGUAUGUUCACACAAAGAGUCUGAUCUACAGAGAUGUGAAACCAGAGAAUUUUCUUGUUGGGCGACCAGGCAGCAAGAGGCAGCACACCAUCCACAUCAUUGACUUUGGUCUUGCCAAAGAAUAUAUAGACCCUGAGACCAAAAAACACAUCCCCUACCGGGAGCACAAGAGUCUGACUGGAACGGCACGUUAUAUGAGCAUCAACACGCACCUGGGAAAGGAGCAAAGCAGACGGGACGAUUUGGAGGCACUGGGUCACAUGUUCAUGUACUUCCUCCGAGGCAGCCUCCCAUGGCAGGGCCUGAAGGCUGACACUUUGAAGGAGAGGUAUCAGAAGAUUGGAGACACCAAACGAGCAACGCCAAUUGAAGUUCUUUGUGAAAGCUUUCCUGAAGAGAUGGCCACCUAUCUGCGCUACGUUAGGAGGCUCGACUUCUUUGAGAAGCCUGAUUAUGAGUAUUUAAGGAAGCUCUUCACCGAUCUGUUUGACCGGAAUGGAUACGUCUUUGAUUAUGAAUACGACUGGGUCGGGAAGCCUCUCCCCACCUCACCUCCUAAACCGCCACACCCGCCACCCUCUGUCCUGCCCUCUUUUUUCCUCACCACUUCACGCCCAUCGACCUCAACCCUUUUUGCUCUUUGCGUCAAGUCGCCUGAGCCCAAAGGAAGUGAGUCUCAGCCCACUCCAGUGACCAAUAAGGAGACUCUGGGGUCGCACCUCACAGCUGAGCGGCUGGGGGGCUCUGUUCAGGUGAUGAGCUCAACAAACGGCGAGUUGAAUACAGACGAUCCCACAGCUGGACACUCCAAUGCUCCCAUCACUGCUCCCACCGAGGUUGAAGUGGCCGAGGAAGCAAAGUGCUGUUGUUUCUUCAAACGGAGAAAGAGGAAAGCUCUCCAGAGGCACAAGUAAAAGAAGAUUCGAGAGAACUUGAAACAUUGUGGUCACUGUCGAGUUUUAAAUGGAAGCAACUACACACACACACAAACACACACACACAGAAAAACCCCCCGUUACUUUUCCCGUUCCAGUUGUCCCCUCACCUUCCCUCCCCUCCCACCACCACCAUCCCCACGCCACUUCUCCAGCUCUCAUUUUCAGGGCUGUGGCCGAAUUGAAGGAAUGUUGCAGUCCUACUGACAACACAACAGACUCUUGAUUCCUUUAGACCAGAAUGAACCUAUCUGCUUCACCACACGGGGGCUUGAGGAAAAGUACAAAAGCUGUAACAAUGAAACUCAAACAGUGGAGUGAUGUGGUUGUAUUACAGAUGACAUACGAACAUGUAUUUUUUUGAACAGUCAGUUAAUCAGGGGAAACCAUUCAAGUGAAAGAAAUCUGUUCAGUAGGAAAUUGUUAAUUUUCUUUUAUUUGGUGUGUUUUGUUUUUUUGUUUUUUUUUUGAGGGGGGGUCAAGGUGAAGAGGAAAAAGGUGAAAAAUGCUGAUGUUUAACGAGAGACACAGGAAGCAUUUCAUCUGUAAAACAGAAUUCAGAAAGGUUUAUGUUUUCUUUCUUUCUUUUCUCUUUUAUAAGCAAAACCUUGGUUUUUUGAAGUCAAAUCCCUACAUUGAAAGUUUAUUUUUAUGUUGUAGUGUUCUGGAGUUCAGUUCUUUCCUCAUUUUUGACUUUUUUUUUCAUCUGUCGAUGUGGUCUUUGUAGCACAGUCACUGGCCUCAGGUACUGUGGAAGAACGAGAAGCAGAUGUUAGGCUCUUAUUGCACUUUUGGAAGAAAACCAAUUACAGUGGAGACCUUUGGGUUUGAAAUGAACCAUUAAGAAAACAACUUAAUAAAGACUGAUCUAGGAUGAGUCCUUCAGAACGCUUAUACCUGAGUUAUGGCUGAAAAAUCCUCAUUUCAGUGGGAAAAAAAUGAAAAAAAAAACGUCUUCUAAUUUUACAUUUAACAUCAAAAUAAUUUACCAGGAAAUCAUAGUUUGUGCCUUUUUUAAAGUAAAAUAUUUAAAACACAAGCGAGUAUUCCGCAUUGACAAUUUCUAUAAUCGGACAAACGCUUACUGGAUUUAAUUUGUGUGUCUGAGAGUGUGCAUGUGGAUGUUUGCUCAUCUGAAAGUGAAGUGUGACCGUGCCGUUCGCACAACCUGCUUAUGCGUCUUCCUCUCUGGCCGCUUUCUUUUUUGGUACUGGUGUGUGCGCUCUGCCACCUCCAAAACUACAACGGACUAAACUCACUGUAAACAUGGACGUCGCUGGAAAGACGAGCAGCUAGAGCUGGGAUAGUCGCCCUUCUGCUUCUUAUUUGAGUCUUCAAGAUCAGGACAAAAGGCUGUUUUAAACAUUUCUGUUCAUCUGCAGACGGUUUUUAUUUUUUUAGAUUUAUUUUUCUGUAAGAAAACCUGCUGUUCUUAGACUUAAAACAUAGACUGCCAUCACCCCUAAGCUUUACAGUCACUUUUAUUUUUCAUAGAAAAAAAAUCUAAUUUUCCCAUCAUGCAACUAUUCGAUAUUUAAGUUCCUCUUUUCAACAAUGAAACUGCUUUCAACGGUUUGGGUGGAGUUUUAAGAGAGGCGUCUGGAGUUAUUCCUUUAGAAAAUUAAUCAGAAUUGAAGUUUUUUUAUGUCAAAUUCGCAACUUCGAAGUCUAAAUGCUUUAAGCAAAAGUUUGUAUUUUCAAUUUUAUUUGCCAUCAAAUGUCAGUAGCUACUACCCAAACUGCAGCUCUUUUCACAUCUUGUUUUAACAGAAAUGAUUCAUUUUUUUUGCUUUUGUCAUUUGAAAGAGGGACACUCUUGAAGUUCCUCGUUGACUUAUACAAUAAAAGUCUUAAGUCUUGUCCAGAAAAAAAAGUCCCACCAAAUGGAAGAAAAAAGGGAAUUGAGUUGAUAAAACAUUUUUGUCUAGAAUAAAAGUAUGACCAUAAAGUAAAAUAAUUCAGAGGAAAUGAAGAGUCUCUGAUAAUGGUCAUUUCCUGUCUUUAAUUAUUAUAUUUUUAAUAGGCCAAUUGGAUGUUUUUUUAUUGUGUAUCAGGGAUAAUUUGUGAUAUUUGAGUUGAUCUGUCAUUAGAAGGUUCUGUGAAAGAAUUGAAGGAACAAAAGAUUUGUUUUUUUUCUCUUAAAACCAAGCUAUUUCUUCAUUUCCUCACUUUUCGUUUUGUUUCCUGCAGCGACUUUAAAUCAGUAACUAAAGUGUCACUUUAGGAGUCAGUCAAAGCUUGACUGCGCUCAUCAAAUCUUGGCUUCUAAAUAGUUAAAGUCGUGAUUCAGUUUUUCUAAUGGUAUCUGGUUGUAAAUGUUGCGCUUAUUUGUUCCUCCGAGCAGGUUUUGGAGGACUCCGUGAGAGGAACCAGUCCAAGUGCUUUGUAAACUUGUUUCAACCAUAACCAUCACUUCAUUUACCCGACAUGUAGAGUAUGAGGCGUUAACGCUGCAGCGGGUGGUUCAGUCACCUAAGCACAUCUCCAUGUGAUCCAGGACACCACCAUGCACAGCAGGGAAUACUUUCCAGUUAUUCCAAUUUAAAAAAAAUAUUAAAAAAGAAAGAUACUUGUUUUGGUGAGGACCCAGCUUAGUUUAAUCCACCGCACUGCGUUUUCUUACGAUGUGAUUUCUAAUUGGAGACUUUCUUUCCGAGGAUGUUCAGACCAGGGUUGAACUGUGCUUCUGCUCUACGUUUAUUGGUGUAACUAUUUGCAACAUGUAUUUGUAAAUAUGACGACGACAGAUCUCUAAUUGUGAAUAAAGAAAAUUUUAUCACA